CAAAAUAAAUGAUUCAAAUAUUUUGUACGGGGGUACGUAAACAGUGUACCGUUCCUAGUAACAUUUGAAAAAACGGUCACCGUUUACACUGUUUUCAUACACAUCGUCGUGUAUAUCGAGGUAGAAAACAAUUUCGUUUUUUAACACUAGAGUUACGGAAGCUGUCGAUUUGACGGACAACAGAUUCCAUAUUUAAAAUUGUAGAACGCGUAAAUAUUAUUUUUUAACAAAUUACGUUGAAUUUGUUUGAUGCAAUGGUACGAAUACAUAUUCUAAUUAAAAGAAAAAUCGUAGUUUAAGGUAAACGUCAACACGAAAGGUAUCAAUAAAUAUACGUGCGAUCAAUGGCCCGUAAAUGUAGCGAAGAGUUCAAAAUCGCAAUCGAGGAAGGUUGGAAUUGCAUUGCAAGGAAGUGUUUAAAAAUUUACCUAAAAAUCUGUUGGAAGUCAUAAAAAAAAGGAAGAUUCGCACGCUACUAAGAUUUGAGUAAAACACCUCCAUUUUCCUUCGUGUCCUAUCAUUUUGCCGCAUCCGUUUUUCACAUAAAUAGAUAUACCUUCCGGAGAACGGUGUAAACAGUAACUGGUUUCUCGCAUGUUAUUAAGGAUGGUACACUGUUUAGAUACAUCUGUACAAAGUGUUCGAAUACAUCAUCGAUUCCGAGAAAUCCGAAAAACCGAGGGCUGCCAUAUAAUUUUUGUUGCGGAGUGUACAUCCAUAACCAUUGCAAUGUUACACGAUUGAGAUUUCUCUUACUUGUUCGAAAUUGUUACGUCAUAAGUAAAAUUCUUCCGCAGCAUCGUCGUAGUAGUUUUUUACGGUUACGGAUAAUGGGAUUAGGAAGUUUCCGAUGGAGGAUACUAUUGAUUAUUAUAUCAGCCUUGCUUCUUUGGCAGUCGUCGAAAGUUUGGCUAAAUUUCACGCAGGAGAAAUCUAUCAUAGAAGCACAGCUUCAGGAGAACCAACCGGUAACGUUAAGUCAAAAAGAUGAGCGGGUCACUCAGAAAGUUCAUGUCGCAGUGUACUAUGAAGCGUUGUGUUCAGAUUCACGUAAUUUCUUCGUUAAACAAUUGUUACCGACGUAUCACAGGAUUCCAGAUAACGUACAAGUGGAAUUAAUACCUUAUGGGAAAGCUACAACAGCAAAAACGGAAAAUGAUUAUGAAUUCAUGUGCCAACAUGGACCUACAGAAUGCGAAGCAAACAUUAUUCAUGCAUGUUCUAUAGAUAUCAUAAAAAAUGUAUCUAUUCAGUUAGAGUAUUUAUCUUGCAUGAUAAAAAAUAACAUAGAACCAGUGAAUAUUAUGAGAACUUGUGCGAAAAAGAUGAAUAUAGACCAUAAUAGCAUUCUCAAGUGUUCCGUUGGAGCGAAAGGCAAGGAGCUCCUAGCUAAACAUGGAGAAUUAACGAAUUCUUUAACACCAAGAGUUGUAUUUAUACCAACUGUGGUACUCGAUGAAAAUUCUGAAAACCAGGCGAAAAUAUUAAAAAAUUUGCUGCAAGAAGUGUGUCUACAUCUUAAAGUCAUGCCAGAAGGUUGUACAGUGUAAAAACAUGUUAAAUAUUUAUGAAACAUAUCCUUCUGACAUAUUCAUGAAAUACAUUAUUUUUUACACAACUUUUUACGUGUAUAACGAGUAUUGAAAUUUUCCCAAAAAUUACCUCGAAAUUGUAAUUGAAAACCUUUAAUUUUUACCUAUAUUAAAUAUGCAUCAAGUAAUUGCACAUAAACUUUGUAUAACGAUACGAACUAUUUUAUGAAAAAAUUAAUAUA